AUGGUAAAACUUCGUUUGAAACGAUGUGGUAGAAAGCGAGCCGUCUAUCGAAUCGUUGCAAUUGAUGUUCGGUGCCGAAGAGAAGGAAGAGAUUUGCAGAAAGUGGGUUUUUAUGAUCCGAUAAAAAGUCAAACUUAUUUAAAUGUUCCUCUUAUUCUACAGUUUCUUGAAAAAGGUGCUCAACCGACAGAAACUGUUUAUGAUAUUUUAAAGAGGGCGGAGAUUUUUAAAGAAUUUCGGCUUAAUCAAACGAAGUUCAAUUAA